AUGCUUAGCAGACGUAGCAUACAAUUGACUGCUACAAGACAUAUAUCUACAACCCGUGCUUUACUCAACCAACAGCAACCGCAAGACAAGAAAGCCUACGCCAAAAAUGAUAUAAAAUACGGCCCACUUUCACAAGCACAGCAAGCGUUUCUCGACCGUGUUAUCAGAGUUGACCAGGCAGGUGAACUAGGCGCUAACUACAUUUACAAGGGCCAGUACCUCAUUCUUUCCAACAAAUACCCCCAUUUGAAACCGAUUUUAAAACACAUGUGGGACCAAGAAAUCCACCAUCAUAAUACAUUCAACAAACUUCAAACGCAACGUCGCGUACGCCCAUCGGUAUUAACUCCGCUUUGGAAGUUGGGUGCAUUGGGUAUUGGCAUGGGAACGGCGUUAAUUAGCAAAGAAGCGGCCAUGGCAUGUACGGUAGCUGUUGAAACGGUGAUUGGUGGCCAUUAUAAUCAACAAUUGAGAGUGUUGACGAACCAAUACGGCGUCAAAUUGGAAGACAAAGAGACGGGGCAGGUGUUGGAUAAGGGCCAAUUGGGCAAAAGUGUGCAAGUCAGUGAUGAGUUGCAAAGUUUAAAGAAUCAGAUUAGUCAAUUUAGAGAUGAUGAAUUGGAGCAUUUGGAUACCGCUAUUGAGCAUGAUGCUGAGAAGGCGGUGCCUUAUAUCUUGUUGACUGAGGGGAUUAAGUUGGUUUGUAAAGGCGCUAUUUGGACUGCCGAAAGAGUAUAG